AUGAGCGAGAUCGCGAGCGAACCCGAGGUAGUCGGAGAGCGAGUCGCCCUCCAUGCUGCGGGGACGGCGGAGCUCGUCGAGGACGAAGAUUUGGCGCGAGGAGAGCUUGGAGAGCUUGACAUUCGGGGAGAAGAGGACGAAGGCGGGGGCUCGUGGGAGCUGCUCAUCAGCCUGCAGCGUACCGUGAACAGAUUCAGCAGGCGACUUUUGCGGCUUAGGGCUCCCGCUGCGGCGUACCUACGCGCCAAGCUCGCCACCUCCGAGGGCACGGAUGAGGUGUACUCCAAGCUGCAGGAGAAGGUUGAGUCGCCCGGGUUCCUAGAAAAAUUGCGCGAGUCCAGGGCAGCGACGGGAGAAGCGGGCGAGGGAGAAGCGGAGGCGCCAUCCUCCGAGGAGCCGCUCGGGAGCUUCGAUGUAAACGACCCGACGUUCUGGGAGCCUGAAGUACCGGAGAGGGAAGAUUCGGCCCUGUCCACUUCGCACCUGCCCGGCGCGGGCGCGGACAAGGACGAUUGGGUGUUUGUGGAAGCCGAGGACGUCGUCGAAUCCAUCGCGGCGUUCAUCGCGGGGUACGUCGCGACGCACCCGCGCGCGGCGGCGGUUUCACCCGAGCGGCUGCAGCGCGCCCUCGGCAGGUCGUUCGGAGAGCUGAGGACGGACGGAAAAGGUAAGGCGCGACGCGUCUGGGAGCUGGGAGUGGGAGUCUUCCGCGGCGCUUCCUGGACCUACGGCACCCUCACGGCGUUUACGAACCCGUGGAUCGCGCAGAUGAUCGUGGCGGCGAUGUACACGGCGGGGAGGAUUACCUGUGGCAUAGGAACGACGGCGGUGGCGGCGGUGGCGGGAGCUGUUUGA